CCCCCAAAAAAAAAAAAAAAAAAAAAAAACAGCAGAGAAAGGGCGAGUGCCGAAAAGGCGACAUAAAAACCGCGCCCCUCUCUCUCUAAAACUGCCUCAUCGGAUCAAACCCCAAAACCCUAGAUCCCCUAUCUCUCCAUGCCCUAGGGUCCUUCUUUCAUGCCGUCCAAUCUCUUGAUGUUCUUCAAAUGGACGGCCCUUACGCCUCCCCCCUUUUCUCUCUCCUCUCCUUCUCUCUAGCGGCCGGAGCUACAGUCAUCUGCUGUCUCUUCGCUCUCUGGACGCUCCGAUUCCGAGAUAAGAAGGCGCGUGGCCGCGAUUGUCCUUGCGAUCGGCCUGCGGCGGNGCUGUCGAUGACGAAUUCGGCGAUGAGGAGGGCGGCUAAUGAUGAUGGAGCUUGGAAGGCUCUCUAUCAUAAGGACUUCACUACUGAACAGGACAAUGUCACCCCAAUCAAUGGAUGGAAGUCAUAUUAUGCAGCCACAAAAGCCAUUAUUAGCAUUAAUGCUGAAUUCUAUAACAUCAUUAGGGACAGGUCACUUCCGGCAAUGAGUCGUUUUUGGCUUCAAGCAGAUUAUGUAAAGUGUAUUCAUGGGUCUGGGGAGCUUUUUACUGGGUUUAACGCAGUGAUUGAUAGUUGGGCUCUAGCAUUCAAUUGGGUUGUUCAGGGGGGGCAAGGAGUCAUCUUUGAGAUUCGGGAUGUGAAAGCUCGGGUGCUGAUUGACAUGGCAUGGGUGACCAUGAAAGCGUAUGUUGAUGUGGAUUCAGGGCCAUUCCAUGUAACAAAUGUCUAUGAGCUUCACAAUGGACGGUGGUACAUGGUUCAUCAUCACAGUUCAGUGUCACUUGGGGAUGGAGAACCAGCGCAACCUAACAUUUUUGGCUGAGGGGAAAAAAGAAAAGAAAAGAAAAGAUUUAGGACGAUAGCAACUAAUACAACAUUUACCCUUUUGCCGGAUUGAGGGGAAAGCUUUUUUUUUUCUGAGUAGUUAUUUAUUUUACCUUAAUUGUACUUGAUGGUUUUUACUGUUGAUAGCUCUUCUUGUGCUUGCCCUCUGUAAGCCGUGGUAAAUAGCCUUCUUUACCUUUACCAUUUCCUGUUUGUCAUCCUCUCCUCUGACUUAACUCCUUACAUGUAUGAAUUUGGUCAUCAUGUUCUUUUGGAUCAAGAAACAAAACGCUUUUGGAGGCAA